CAUUUGCAACAAGCCACGCUAGGCAAAACAGCCUUCUCCCUGCAAGGAUCAGAAAACAGAUGCAUCAUUUUAUGAAAACAAGCAAACCUGACCACUUCUAUAAAGCUUUGUGGUUAAUUUACAAGGUCUGGAAUUACUGGUCGUCCUCUGCACGCUAUCUGCAAGUGCACAUCACAAAUCAGUAUGGCUGAAGAACCACAGAAGGAGGAUGUGACUCAGUAGAGAUGAAGACAACCUGAGUGAGCAGGUGGAAAAUUAUUUUGGGGGGGAACUGCAAAAGCUGGGCGGUUUGGAUCAGAAGAGCAAACUGAGGCAAAGUUAACAGACAUGUUGACUGCAGAACUACGGUAUCCCAAGCGUUCUGCAGACAAGCCUGAAGUUCAACAAAAUCCAACUGAUCCAGGUAGCCUUUGUGAUGGUGUUGAGAAGGUGAUGCGAGCAAGUCUUUGUAGAAAACCUCUCUGUUUUCUACCAUGAAUAAUAGCAGCAACAACGAGUGCCUUUUUAUCCCUCUGAAUGCCACCAAGACCUUUAAAAUCCCCGUGUAUUCCAUAAUACUGGUAUUCGGCCUGCCUCUGAAUAUCUUGGCCUUUUGGGCUUUGAUCUACCAAUUAAAGAAAUCCGUCGUCCUUUCUGUUUAUAUUAUGAACCUCGUGGUGGCUCACCUCUUGCAGAUCUUAACCCUGCCUUUCUGGAUGUACUAUAGCCUCAACAAUCACCUCUGGAGCUUGGGAAAAGCAGCCUGUCUCUUCAUUGGUGUGGCUUUCCGUACAAAUUUCUACGCCAAAAACAGUUUUCUGUGUCUCAUCGCCAUGGAGAGGUAUCUCGGCCUUGCGCACCCACUCCGGUUUCACCAGGCGCAGACCAUUCCAGGCGCUGUGAAGAUUAGCAUCCUGGUUUGGCUGGUGCUCUUGACUCUUUGCACCAUUGGGGUUGAGUUGCAGGUGCGUACGUUUGAACCAUGGAAGGCCUGUGUGGACAGCUCCAUCCUGAAUUAUCCUUAUGCAAAGUUUCGGGUCAGCAUUGUGGGUUUUUCUUUCAUUAUCCCACUCUUUCUCAUGGCUUUUUUCCACAUCAGCGUCCUCUUCAAGCUCAGGCAGGUGGCGUCUCUGGAGAAGAGAGUCAAAACGCAGAUCUCUGGGUUCAUCUCUCUCCUCAUUAUGACCUUCUUCCUCCUCUUCACUCCUUACCAGAUAAUUUCAUGCUAUAGAUACCUGUUGGAAGUCAUGACGCCUUCCCCUGCCAUCUGUGACUCUCUGAGAGAGAUCUUUGUCUAUGAGCACGCAACGUUGUGCGUUUCUCUGUUGGACAACAUCUUGGAUCCCCUGUUUUAUAACCUCCUUCUCAAAGAUAUUCAAACGGAUUUCAGAAACUGCCUGCGUUCCAGGGCCGGGAGGAAAGGCGUCUCAUCGGAAGCAAGAAUCUCCUCCACGUUUAAGCAUUCUGAAAACACCAGGCCACUUCCAAAUCUUUAGUCUUAUGUAGGGAAAAAUCUAAUCCCUUAGCCUAUUUGUGUGGGGUUUCUGAUUUCUGAUCCUCUGUGAAAGGAAUACCUCUUGGAUUGAAGACUGAAAUAUAGCUAUCUAAACAAAAAUAAGUACCUCUAAUCAAACAUUUGUAUCAUUGCAUCAAAAUCAGGAUGCUGUUUAUUAUUGUUGUGGUUGUUCAAUAAAUUCAUAU